AUGAAGUGCACUAUACUGUUCCUUGUGCUGUCGAUGGUCGUCCUCAUGGCUGAACCUGGGGAAGGCUUUAUUUCCCACAUUAUCGGUGGACUUUUUAGCGCUGGCAAGGCUAUCCAUCGCUUAAUAAAAAAACGCAGACAAAGAGGAGAACUGCAGGUAGAGCACGAACUGCAGCAACAACUGCAGCAACUGAAACGACUUCAGCAACAGGAAAAGCUGAACCAACGCUUUAACCGAGAGCAGCUCAAACGAGAGAGAGUUGUUUUUAACUAGACUUCCACCUGAAAGAGAAAGUCUAAAACUC